GGCUGCGGGUAGGGAAGGAGCAGGGGUGAUGCUGAGGGCAUGCAGGCUGGGAUGGUGGUGGCUGCAGAGGGUUCAAAUGGAGCAGAAGGGGGAACCCAGCAGGGAGGUGCUGGGCACUGAGGCUGCCAUGGUGCAGUCAUCCUUCAGCAAAGCCGCAGAGCUGCUUGCUCUGCACGCUGGGGUGGGGUUGAGGGUGCUGAGGCUCUCGCUGGGGACAGCACCCACAGCACAGGGAUGAGGGGAAGCGUUUGCCACGCAGGAAGCGGGGCUGGGUGUGCGCUGCCUGCACCCCGGGGCCACCCAGCAGCCCGCAGCCUCUUCCCACCCUUUCCUGCCAAAUGCGAGUUACUCUCGGGCGAUGCUGGUGGAUGAAGUGCAGCAAAAUGUGCCGUGUCCCCUCGCCCCCUCCCUUUAGGCUGUGGUUUCUGCUCUCCUGCAGCAAGGAGGUUGCUUCACCGUUGCCCUUCCUGCACCCGACAGCAGCUGUGCAAUCACCCAGGGCGGUGGGUUGAUUUCUUCCUUCCUCAAUUUCUCUCUGCUCCUUGCCUGGCUCUGGCCGCCCACAGAAGCGUGUCCAGCGCCUGCAGCAGCGACGGGCUCUGCUCUUGUCUGACACAGCCACAUCCCCAGCCCUGCGUUGCUGGAUGGGAUGGGUGCGCUGUGCUGCCUCAGCACCGGCCCCAAACCCUCAGCAGCACUCACAGGAAGCGCAGUCCCUCACUUCCCUCUUGUUCUGCUCGUAGCCACCUCUAACCUGGACUUGGAGAGCAAGAAAGCCGCCCCCACCAAGCUGUCAUGGCAGCAGCCAGUGAACGUCUUCCUGGCUGCCGGCCGCCCGCCCGGCAUGGAGCAGCUGCACCAGGAGGCUCAGCUCAACCUGCAGAGCCUGCUGCAAGAGGAGUAUGAGGAGCAGUAUGCUGAGAGCAGAGUGACUGGGCAGACCUUCCGUGCCGCCGGCCACCCACCUCCCAGCACCCCUACGGAGCCCUCACCCCGUUCCCUGCCCUCCAAGCGCCUCGAGUUCGUGCUUAUGCCCCCGAGCCGGCGAGCCGAUGAGGAGGAGAGCAGCAGUGCCAGCACGCUGGGCGUGAGACCACCCGACAUCUCCCUGAGCCUCCCCACCACCCCCGACAAGCAGACAGCCUGGCCCAGGGCCUUCCCCCUGCCCACCGUGGAGGAGAAGCAGUGGCACCAGUCCUGCUCUGUGCAGACUAACGUGGUCCCCAUCAAUGUCUCGGGGCAGCACUUUGCUAGGCACGCGAGUGCUCGUCACUCCCUGUUUAACACAGAGACCGCGAUGAACCCCAAGUCCACCCUGCGGCGUAGACGGACCGUUAUCGGAUUCCCUAACAUGUCCCUGCGAGACCAAGGCAGCACCAACGGCCCUGCGCACACCACACACCCCCCCAUCGCCGAGUCCCUGUCCUGCAGCUUUGAGACCGCGGGUGGGAGGAAGCCCUCCCAGCAGACCAGCCCCCGCCAGCCGCUCUCUGCCCCGCUGAGGAAGACCUUCAGUGAUCUCGGGGGCACGCUGCAGGCACGCUGCUGCCCACCGCCAUCCUCCAUGGACAACGCGGCCACCCCCAGCACCUGCAACGGACCACAGGGCUCCUCUUUUCCCCCACCUUGGGGUGCCAAUUCCUUAGGAUACACCACCCCCCCCAGCCCUGCUGCCGGCCACGAGGUCUCACCAGGCAGCUCCGCCAUGGGCUCACCCACCGGCACCGAGCGGGCCGCCUCCUUCUUCAUCGCUCAGGAGGAGCAUGUGGGGAGCGCUGGGCCCAGCUCCUUCUCCGCCACGACUCCUGAGUCUCCUCCUGGCGCUGGGGGCAUCCGGAGGUGUGAUGGCCAAGAAGCCAGGGUGAACUUUUCACCCACAAACAAAGAGCCGGAGCCGGCACCGGAGCCAUCGCGCUUAGGGGUGGAGCGGGGAGGGUGCCGCUUCCGCGAGCGCUCGCUGUCGGUGCCCACCGACUCGGGGUCCCUCUGCUCCGUGGACAUUGCUUACGCCGAAGCCCGGCGAGGCAGCACCAACUGUGCCCUGGGCUACCCCAGCGCCGGCUCCGAGGGCAGCACCAGCACUGAUAACAUCUCGCUCGGGCCGGAGCCGGACGGGCAGCGGCGGCGGCGCUCCAAGAGCAUUUCCCUUAAGAAGGCCAAGAAGAAGCCCUCGCCGCCCACCCGCAGCGUCUCACUGAUCAAAGAAGGGCAGGACAGCCUGGCUGCCCUGGGGCUGCCCCAUGAUCAGAGACCCAAGAGCCUGUGCAUCCCGCUGGAACCUGCUGGGCACCGGGUGGUGCAUGCAGACCCCCAGGGUAGAGAGCCCGACAGCCCAGCUGCCCCCGGCCAGUGGUACAUGGCAGACUGGAAGAAUGGUGAGCCCUACCGCUCCCUCUCCGGCUCCAGCACAGCCACAGGGACUACAGCCAUUGAGUGUGUGAAGGCACGGGGCAGCUCCGAGUCCCUCAUGUCCCCCUCUAUCUCCAGGGCCACAACACCCUCCCAGCUCUCAGCAGAGGCUGACCUCAAAACCUCGUCCCCGGGCAGGCCCGCAGGGCUGAUGUCCCCAUCCAGCGGGUACUCCAGCCAAUCAGAGACCCCCACACCCACCGUCCCCACCUCAGCCAUCCUCGGGCACUCACCACACCAGGUGCGGGUGAGGCCGCUGGUUCCCGAGAGGAAGUCCUCGCUGCCCCCCACAUCCCCCAUGGAGAGGAGUCCCAAAUCCAGGCUGUCCUUUGAGCUGCCGCUCACACCGCCCGCCCACCUCGACCUCUCGGGGCUGAAGAUCUCCUUGAAGGGGAAGACCAAGGUCAGCCGGCACCACUCCGACUCCACCUUCGGCACCAAGCUGGUCCAGAAGACCAGUCCCAUCCAGCCCAUCAUGCCCGUGGUCACCCAGUCCGACCUGCGCUCUGUGCGUCUGCGCUCCAUCAGCCGCUCCGAGCCAGAGGACAACACUGACGGCCCAGAGCAUGCGGAGGAACUGCCACGUAUCCCCUGCCCGGGGCCGGAGAGGAAAGUGAAGCCGCCGGUAGCGGAGAAACCACCGUUGGCCAAGCGGCCCCCGUGCAUCCUGCCCAAGCCCGUGGUCCUGCGGGAGGAGGGUCCCCUGUCCCCCACAUCCCCACCAAGCAUCACCACCAAGGACAGCCUGAUGCUACGGAAAGGGGAGCCAUGGAGGGGCCCGGGGCAGCCUCGGCGGCUCUCGCAGGGCAGCCUGGAGGACAAACCGCGGCCAGAGGCAGAGCGCAGGAAGGCCAAGGUGCCGCCGCCGGUGCCCAAGAAGCCCAGCGUGCUCUACCUGCCGCUCACCCCAAUCCCGGUGCAGCAGGCGGGGGGUGCAGGGGACCCGGCGCCCACCCCCAGCCCCAUCAUCACGCUGGAUUCAGAGCCCAGCUGCUGCCAACCUGACGCUGAUGGCGCAACACCCACUGAGGUCCCAGGCACGGCGCAAGCUGGCGAGACCCCCUCGGAGCAAGGCAGUUCGUCUGAGGCUGGCACAGAGGAGAAGAGCUUCGCCAGUGACAAGACGGCCGACUCCAUCGCUGAGGAAGACGAUGAUGUCUUCAUGGCAUCCCGCACCACAGAGGAUCUCUUCACUGUCAUUCACAGGUCCAAGAGGAAGGUUCUGGGGCGGAAGGAGCCAGGCGACAGCUUUAGCAGCCGGCCCAAUUCCCACUCUCCCGUGAAGACGUCAGGCUCACCAACCAGUGAGUCUCCUGCAGCAGCAGUGAGCACCGGGAAGUCCUCCAGCAGGAAUGAAGAUUUUAAGGCUCUGCUCCAGAAGAAGAGCAGUAAAACCAGCAGCGGUUCCCGGCCAUCUGCAGCUGAACUGCUCAAGACCACAAAUCCACUGGCUCGGAGGGUCAUGAUGGAGUUUGCUCCUGAGCUAGAUGGUGCAAACAGCCAGCCCUAAACCUGCACAGAGCCUUCUGGCCACAAAGGGCUCGGGUUGGUGCAGAUGGAGCCGUGCUGCGGGCAGUAGCUUUAGGCACUCAGGUCACUGCAGAAGGGAUGUCCCGGCUGCCCCACUGGGGCUUCUUUCGUGCUUUCAUUUCUUCCUUGGCGAAUCCUCUUUGGUUCCUCUCCAGUGGGAGAGUUGCUGGCAGAGAAGCAGUGUUGGGACCUGAGGCCCCCAUGUCCCUGCUGCGCUGCUGGCAAGAGGGGAGAGGCAGACAUGCAGCACUCUAGUGGGGACUGGGACCUGGCACCUCCUGUGCCACUGGGACAGCAGCUCCUGCUGCUCAGGAACACAGCAGGACUGCAGCUCCAGGCACCUCCCAGCACCCACAACAAAGCUAGCUUGAAACUGUUUGGUCACUCGGCAUGUGGUACUUUAAACGGCUUUUUCUAAUGCA